GUAUUCGCUCUCAUUGUCAUAAACAAGGCAGGUGGCCUGAUCUAUAACCGGUCCUUCCACGAAGGGGGUUUGAAUAAACUCAGCACCAACGACUACCUAGUCCUAGCAGGCACCUUCCACGGCGUCCACGCCAUCACAGCACGGCUCAACCCGCUCAAGGCCGCCAACCGCACCUCCACCUCGUCGGGGGGCGCCCUGGUCCGACCCGACCCGCCGUCCGGCCUAGAAGUGCUGGAGACGGAGAACUUCCGGAUGCAGUGCUUCACGACGCUGACGGGGAUCAAGUUCCUGCUCUUCACGGACACGACGCAGGCCAACGUGGACCUGACGAUCCGGCGCGUGUACGAGAUGUACGCCGACUACGUCAUGAAGAACCCCUUCUACCAGCUCGAGAUGCCCGUGCGCUGCGACAUGUUCGACCGGAAGCUGGGGUCGUACAUCCGCGAGAUCAACAACAGGUAG